CUGGAGACUGAUCACCUACUUGCCUAUUGGAUUUAAAAAUGAUCAUGAAACAGAUUCAGAAAUCUGAGGCCUCAUUCUACGCUCUUUAAAGUACAGGCAGAACAUGUAAAAGCGAGUCUGAUAUAUUUGGUGGAGAUACGCGAAUCAUAGGUGGACAAAAUUCACCAGAUAAAUUCUCUAUGUACCAAGUCUCCAUACGUGAGCACCAAAAUGAUACUGAAAGACACAUGUGUGGUGGUUCUAUUAUACACGAAGAAUGGGUUUUAACAGCUAGUCACUGUACAUAUGGUAUUGAUGCGAAAGCACUUUCCAUAGUGGUUAGAUCAUACACACCGCGAUCAGGUGGCGAUCGUUACACAAUAAAGAAAAUUAUCAAUCACGAGAAAUUCAUGAGGAAAUAUUUGAAAAAUGACAUAGCUCUGAUAAAAAUCGAUGGUAAAAUCAAAAUGAAAUGGGACCUUAGAGCAAUCAAACUUAGAAAAACGCCUGUGGCACCUGGAACAGUUUGUCUUUUGACGGGAUGGGGUGAAACUGAUAAUCAUGGAACUGUGCCGGACUAUCUUCAAGCUCUUCUCCUAGAGAGUAUUAGCAAUAAGGACUGCAAGAAGGAGUUCAAACGUUCAUACUUCCUUCCUAUUGAUGACAAACAGCUCUGCCUGAGAGCUCCAAGUAUGGAGGGUGCUUGUAAUGGUGAUGCGGGAGGUCCCCUGGUCGCUUUUGAUGGAAAGAAAAGCUAUGUACAAGUUGGAGUCUUGUCCUGGGAACCGUUUCCAUGUGCUAAUAACUACCCACAUGUUUUUGCGUCGGUUUCCAGUUAUUACGACUGGAUUAUGAAACAUAUGAAGGAUUAAAUUAUGUGUUUCGAAUCAUUGAUUGCUUGCCUACAUAUUAAAGUCUGAAAUAAUAAUA